AUGAGUAGCCGAUCCAGUACAACUCGGCAUUCCGCCAUGAAAGCUCCAGCCAAGCUUGAAAAAGGGAGCUAUUCUAUCAAUGGAACUAACAGUUCAGCCAAAUCCCGCAAAGCUUCCUCGAGCAGAGACAAGAAAAUGGCUCUCCAGCAAGAUGUUGAUAAACUGAAGAAGAAGCUGAGAUUCGAAGAGAAUGUACACAGAGCUCUGGAGAGAGCAUUCAAUAGACCACUCGGAGCUCUGCCUCGCCUACCUCCUUAUCUUCCCCCUGCCACGCUGGAGCUUCUAGCAGAAGUUGCUGUCUUGGAAGAGGAAGUUGUACGAUUAGAAGAACAAGUAGUACAUUUCAGACAGGACUUGUACCAAGAAGCUGUCAACAUUUCCAGUUCCAAGAGGAACCUAAGUUCUUCUGCAGAUUCCUACCCUUCAGUCCCGCCUAAGAUCGAGCAGCAGAAACAGCAGUUGAAAGAGAAGGAAAUGGGUUGUUCUUCUUCCAAUCCAGCAGAGAAAAAGGGGAGGGGUUCGUCAUCUUCAGCUCGCAAUGCUCACACCACGGUCCGAACACCAGUUAAAAGAAGUGCAAUUGAUCAUAAACCGGAGAAGCGUCUCGAUCCUCAGAAGUUAAAGCUGGUGGAUGACAAUCCAAACAAGGUCUCGGAGGACAUUGUGAAGUGCUUGUCAAGCAUUUUCGCGAGGUUGAGCACGACGACGACGAGGAAGAACCACAACAGCAGUGAGAAUGAUCCUUACGGUAUAUGGGCAGAUUGUGGAAGGAGAGAUGUUGGUCAGUACAAGCAUUUGUUUGCUAUUGAAGCUGACACUAUCAAUCCCAACAGAACAUCCAACUCUUUGUUUCUACUCCACAGACUGAAGCUUCUGCUUGGUAAGCUUGGUGCUGUGAAAUUGGAUAAGUUAACCCAUCAGGAGAAACUUGCCUUCUGGAUCAACAUUUACAACUCCUGCAUGAUGAAUGCAUUUCUGCAAUAUGGAAUUCCAGAAAGCCCUGAGAUGGUUGUUGAAGUAAUGAGAGAGGCAACAAUAAAUGUUGGAGGGCACUCUCUAACUGCAAUCACCAUUGAGCACUUCAUUCUCAGAUUGCCUUACCACUCCAAAUAUGCAUUAUCGAAGGGGUCGAAGAACGAUGAGAUGACAGCAAGGAGCAAAUUCGGGUUGGAGUUAUCUGAACCUUUGGUGACAUUUGCUCUAUCUUGUGGAAGUUGGUCUUCUCCAGCUGUGAGAGUGUACACAGCAUUACAAGUCGAGAAUGAGCUCGAGGCGGCGAAGAAAGAGUACUUGCAGGCAGCAAUUGGGAUUUCAGCCAACAAGUUUGCUAUCCCAAAGCUGUUGGAUUGGUAUUUGUUGGACUUUGCAAAAGACUUGGACUCAUUGCUGGACUGGAUUUGCCUGCAGCUACCAAGUGAACUUGGGAAAGAAGCAAUGAAGUCCCUUGACAGAGGUACUAAAACUCAGCCAAGUACACAAAUCAUCGAGGUCAUGCCAUAUGAAUUCAGUUUUAGGUACCUUUUGUACAUACAUUAGUUAAUUUCUUCAGUGGAGUUCCCUAGAAGGCUUGAAGUCUCAGUUUUGUACACAUCAAUAGGGUCAAAUAGAUGCAGAAUUUAAAGCUUGUAUGAUUUUUCAUCUCUGUAAGUAUCCGAGUCAUAAAAGAGUAAGAAAAGAAGUAAAAGAAAAGUUCAAUGCUUUCAAUCUCUCUCUUCUGAAGGGUCUUUGCAGGAUCAUAACAAGGAUAAAAGGGUUUUUUCAGAACAUCCAAAAGGCUCAGACUUUGUAUGGUUUAGGUGCACUUAGUUAGUGAGUAGAGAAUUCACAAAGAUUGGAACUUUGUGUGUUAAAACAGCCUUAAUUUGCAAGCAGACAUUCUCUUGGACACAGAAACCAGAAGGGUUAAGCUGUCGCUGAAGGAAAUGCGGUUUGGUAUUAUUAACGAUUUGGACAAGUGGGUUUGACAGUGUAAAACUACAGCUACUAUGGUCCAAACUCUUUGACUUGCUAUGCAAUUAUUAAAGAACAUUAGGUGAGAGUAACAGAGGGAGAAAAAGCUGAGAGCUGCUGUGUAUGGAAUGUUAAUGAACAGUUCCUGAAUUCCCC